AAGUUUCUUCGCUUCCAAGUUACUAGUCAGACCAAAGCACGCUGAGUGGAAGGAGAGGGCAGGGAAGACAGGACUGCUCCCUGCUGAUGGGUUAAGAGGUGGGCUACCACGCAGAAGCCAACCCGAGAGCGGAGGGAUCCUGGUCAUGGUCACCGCUGCUCCCCUACCUGUGAAGAGAAAGAGCACCGAGUGAGCCGCUGAAAACCAGAAAACCGAAAUGCUCUGCUUUUGGAGAACUUCUCACGUAGCAGUACUCUUGAUAUGGGGGGUCUUCGCGGCUGAGUCAAGUUGUCCUGAUAAGAAUCAAACAAUGCAGAACAGUUCAUCACCUAUGCCAGAAGUUAACACUACAGUGUUUGUACAGAUGGGUACAAAGGCUCUGCUCCACUGCCCUUCUGUUUCACUGACAAAAGUAAUAUUAAUAACAUGGAUAAUAACUCUCAGAGGACAGCCUCCCUGCAUAAUAGCCUACAAAGCAGACACAAGGGAGACCCAUGAAAGCAACUGCUCGGAUAGAAGCAUCACCUGGGCCUUCACAUCUGACCUCUCUCCCAACCUUCAGAUCAGUGCAGUGGCCCUCCAGCAUGAAGGGCAUUACUUAUGUGAUAUAGCAGUACCUGACGGGAAUUUCCAAAACAUCUAUGAUCUCCAAGUGCUGGUGCCCCCUGAAGUAACCCACUUUCCAGGGGAAAAUAGAACUACAGUUUGUGAGGCGAUUGCAGGCAAGCCUGCUGCACAGAUCACUUGGACGCCAGACGGGGAUUGUGUCACUAAGAAUGAAUCACACAGCAAUGGCACUGUGACUGUCCGGAGCAUGUGCAACUGGGAGCAGAGCAAUGUGUCUGUUGUGUUCUGUGUUGUCUCUCAUUUGACAACUGGUAACCAGUCUCUGUCUAUAGAACUGAGUAGAGGGGGUGACCAAUUAUUGGGAUCAUACAUUCAAUACAUCAUCUCAUCUAUUAUUAUUAUUUUGAUCAUCAUAGGAUGCAUUUGUUUUUUGAGAUUCAGUGGCUGCAGAAAAUGUAAAUUGCCAAAAUCGGGAGCUACUCCAGAUGUUGAGGAGGAUGAAAUGCAGCCGUAUGCUAGCUACACAGAGAAGAGCAAUCCACUCUAUGAUACUGUGACCACGAUGGAGGCACACCCAGCGUCACAAGGCAAAGUCAAUGGCACAGACUGUCUUACUUUGUCAGCCAUGGGAAUCUAGAACCAAGAAAAAGAAGUCAAGAGACAUCAUAAUUACUGCUUUUCUUUCUUUAAACUUCUCCAAUGGAGGGAAAUUAGCUCUUCCAAAGUUCUUGAAAGCACAAAUGUUCUAAUGGAUUUGCAUUUAAGUUCUUCUAUCAUUGGAAGUUUGGAAUCUUUGCUGCUACCUGUUAAUUCUAGGAAGAACUGAUUUAAUAAUUACAAAGGAAGCACAUUGUUAUGGUAAAAUAUCAAAUUGUGCAAUACAAUGAUGAAAACUGGGUUUCCUCAAGAAAUCACUGCAGAAGGAACAACCAUUACUAAAGCAUUUCAUAUGAGUUCUUCCAAAAAAGAAAAUCCCUGUGUAUACAACAUGAUUAUGGUAUGUGUGUGCCUUUAUAUGUUUGUUUACAAAUGUGUAUAUAUGCACACAUCUGAUUAUCAAGACAUCUCUGUCAAAAACUCACUGGCGUUCCAGAUUUAUGAAAGCUAAUAAUGUGAGUAUUGGAGAUAUUUUUAUAUCAGUAUAUGUAAAACUACCUCAUUCUUUUUAAUGGCUACAUAAAAUUCAUGGUCCUUGGAUGGGCAUUUAGACUUUGUGUUGCAUGUGGUAUUGAAUGAUACCAUGUGGAAUGUUUCUUGUGGUGAAUCUCCGCAUUAUUUGAGUGCACCUGUGAGAUAAUUUCUGUGAGUGUAAUGGUCCUGUCAGUUGGAAUGCGCUUUUAUGAUCAAUAGAUCAGUCAAACUGUGUCAGUUUACAUUUUCUCUAAUUGUGUUUGAAUGUGACUUUCUCCAUAUUCUUAUUCUUAUGUUUUUAAUAUCCUUACUUUCACCUUUUAUACUUUCCAUUUUUAAUUAACCAGUUGGGUGAUAUGUCUUAAGGUUGUGAUAUUAACUUUAUUAUUUAAUGGAACUGGAUUCAUACCUUUGGGUUUCAUGUCCACAAAAGACAUAGAAAGCAUUUGUAAUGACAGUAUUUUCAACUCCUUGUAUUACUACAAAAAUGUUGACAUCUGAUGCACAACAGUUUUAUGGAUGUUAUAAAUUGUGUGUUUUUAACAUUCUAUUCUGAUGUACUUAUAAGAGAGCAACUGUCUUUGAACUAUAUAUGUAGGUGGGAGAACUUGGAGUACUUUAUGUGCUAAUAGGAUGGUAAUGGGAUGAUAUAACUUUUCCCUCCAAUUUUUUGGAGGGAAAUAUUAGGAAUACAUAUAUUGAUAAUUUUUAGCAUAUAUUUUUUAAUUGUUAAAAAUCAACCUGUUCCCUUUAUAUCAGGAAAGAUAUUAAAAAUGGAUUUAUUCAUCUUAA